AUGGACUUCAUGGACAGAGGUCUACCCCGGAUGAGCUCAACGAGACAAGUUCGAGGCCAUGAGGCAAACCCGUCUGCAGGGUCUUUCUCAUCUGUGGCUAUCUUGAUGGGUAGAUCAGGUAACAGGCGAGGCUCAAAAACAGGCAGCGUUGCGAGCGACUCGAGUGAUCAAUUCAAUAAGAACUAUAACUCCGCUGCCAUGCCACCAGUCAAAGAAGCACCACGAGAAGAAGCAUUGAAUGACCCGAGUCGACCACCGCUUUCGAAGGCCAGAGGAAUGCCCAGUCGGGUACGGGGAAGCAUGAGAAGGAGUUCUGGAUGGAAUAGGUAUUGGUCUGGCGGAAGCUCGAUGAACAUUCUCGGAUUUAGCGGAUCGAGACGAACCACGAUGGAUGAGAACGCCCAACGGGACUCAUCCGUUUCAGCCUACUCAGAGCCACGGGCAAGUCAAAUAACCCAACAAUCGGCCAUGCCAGUGCCUUUGAAAGUUCCUGUUCCUGGCCAGCCUGAGCUAAACCGAGUUAUGUCUGGAAGUCCUACACUUGCGGUACAUUCCACCCCAUAUCCCUUAACGAGAGAGAUGUCAGGUACGAUUGAGAGACAGUCAGGUAGCUCUUUCUCGUCAUAUACUGAUGACCGAUUGGACGCCUUCUCGAGCGGAAUACCUGCAAGUGUCCAUGAACAAAACACUUGGACACCCGUCGAUGGCAACAACACUUGGGGAAAUCAUCCUCCAAGUCAGGCGUAUACAGAAAGCGUUUACGCACGAGAUACGCAGCAGUACCAGACGGAGACUCGAUACCCUAUACCCUCAGAACCCCAAAGACAGCUUCCGCCGCACGCAAGCGACAUGAGUUGGCUCAAUCUAGGGAAUGACCGAACCCACGACAGGAUGUGA